AUGGCUCAGUUCCUAGCCUUUUUCGUUUUUCUUUUAUCUCUCACUGCGAUUUCUACUGCGGGAAAUGUGUGCACUACUGGAAACGUCUUGAAUCGACCAGUAAAUGGUCAAGCCAUUUACUGGCCAUCAACAUGGAGAACGAAUGAGACAGCACCCGGAUUAGAAGCAGGACAAUCUUGCAGUUGGAUAGUUACUAUUCCAUCUGGAUAUUACGCGAAACUAGUUAUCAGUGGAAAAAUGAAUGGCAACUCUUCCUACUUCAAAACUGUGGAUACUGCUGGAAAUGUCAUAGAAUCAACACACGAAAAAAAGGAACCCUACUACUUCCCAUCAUCUAAAUUCACUCUGAUUGUCUCGAACGAGGCUGCUGCCACACUGGGAUUCAGAAUAACAUGGGCAAAGUACCCAUCUACACUUCAAUACUCCGCAGUGAUUGGAGCUACUCCACAGUUAGUAAAUAUCACUGAAGGAGUUUUCGCGGCUGAUUUCAGCGCUGUCACAGGACUCUCCCUUUUAGCAUUCCCCGCUGAUCCAAAGAAUUAUCAUACAUUGAGAAGUACACUUGUUUUUGAAGGAAAUAGUUACACUGGAAUCUAUAUUUCAAAUCUUUACUUGCUCUAUAAGUCUCGGAACCAGUGGAUCUCAUCUGGAAAUACUAUCUAUGUUGUCAACCUUGAAGCUAGACAUCGGCAAGAUCAACUUUUGGUUCAAGAUGCCCAAUAUACCAAGGACAUCACACAAUACGUUGAAAUGGACUGUGCAAUGAAUUCAACAUGCAAUGUUUCUGUAGAUGGAGGUGACAAGAAAACUGCAUUCAUAUCCGUGGGAAGCAAGACUGACGUAUUGUAUUGGCUGUCCGUUCAUGUGGACGCUUUCUUCACUGUCUACUACGGAUCACAAAAUCAAGAGGGAUAUAGAAUCAGCCUUUCGGGAUAUAACAUUCCGUCAAAUCUUCCAUUAACGUUUGGUGGAGAUGUCAUUCAGUAUGUCAUCACCAAGGGGCAAGCAUCGAUGCAAUACCAAGUUAAUCCAUGA